AUGAUCCUGCCGGUGCCGGUGCUUUGCAUAACUACCUACCUACUUACGCUUUCAGUUCAGCUCGGUGCGGACUCGAAUCUGUGGAUGCUUCUUGUUUUUAUUUGCUCAUCAUUGGGGCGGAUGUGCUCAGCGCUCAUGCUCAUGCUCAUGCUCAUGUUAUUCAACUGA